GUCCCUUUAUACGUCCAUUAGACAUCUGGAUGGAAUUGAAGCGGUAAGCUUCUUCUUGGCAUCUAGCACUCUGCCUAAAAAUCUAUGCACUUUCUUGGAAGAGGCUCUACUGUUCAUACUGUCACACAAUUUUUUUUAUCUUCAGGGAGACCCUCUACCUGCAGCUCCAGGGAACGGCAAUGGGGGCGUCUUGUGCGCCCUCAUAUGCCAAUCUUUUCCUGGGGCUGUGAGAAGGUGCAAUUUUGGGGGCGCUAUAUUGACGAUAUUCUUAACAUCUGGCAGGGUACGUCAAUAGAAUUGGAAAAAUUCAUUUCACGACUCAACUGCAAUUCCAUCAAUAUCAAAUUAACACACUCCAUUGGUAAGCCCUCCAUUGAUUUUUUGGACAUAAAAAUUGAUGUGGACGAACAGGUUUUUAUUACGACUGACCUCUUUAGGAAGCAAACUGCGGCAAAUAUGGUCCUUCAUGCAACAUCAGCACAUCCUCGUCACCUGAUAAAUAACAUCCCGGCGGGACAGUACAUACGGGCUCGGAGAAUAUGCUCCAACGAUGUCAACUUUGAAAAACAGGCCAAAGAUCUACAGGUACGGUUUCAAGAAUGGGGGUAUAGUGGCCAGUGUCUUAAACGUGCGUAUAAGCGUGCAAAAAUGUCCUCACGGGACGUUCUCUUACAGGGCAAAAAGAAGAACAUAGCGCACCCGGACAAUGAGAACAUGAUUAGACUUAUUGUGGACCAUCACUCUAGGACAUCGGAAGUACAUCAAUUUUUAGGCAAGUAUUGGCCUAUAUUAUUAUCUGAUCCAAUACUUGCGAGUCAUCUCCCGGACAAACCUUCGCUGACUUAUCGGCGAUCAAAAAACCUAAAGGAUCUGCUGGUACAUAGUUAUCACAGGGGGACCACUCCAUCUAAUGCCUUUGCGUCUAAAGGCCCGAAGUGGGGCACGUACACAUGUGGCCAUUGUGUUGCUUGUAAAAAUAUUGUGAAAUCUGAGACCUUUGCCAAUUUUGACAACAGUAAAGAAUAUCGGAUUACACAUCGAAUUGAUUGUGCCACCAAGGGUGUUGUCUAUUUGGCCUCGUGCCCGUGCGGAAAGAUUUAUGUGGGUUUAACCACACGGGAAUUCCGCAGACGGGUCCGUGAACAUGUGUUAGACAUACUUGCGGCCAAAGAUGUUGAUGACAUAGACACCCUAAAGACCCUACCGAGACACUUUAAGAUUGCUCAUGGGUGUGAUUCCUCUUUGUUACAGGUACGCGCGGCAUUGAUCGUGUGUAUUUUGACACAAGGGGUGGAGACUGGAAAAGGGCUCUAGCCAAAAAAGAAACGAUGUGGAUUGAGAAGUUGCGAGCAAGGUCUCCAUAUGGACUAAAUGAGUACAACAGUUUUGCCCCUUUCCUGUGAUAUGGCUUCUUAUUGGUCUGCCACCUGGCCGUCUGACCAACAACUAUGACACCCCCUCUUGAUUACCAAGCAUCCCCUUAAUAUAGGAUUUCUUCACAACAACUUCAACACAUAUAUGCUCAGUUGCAAUUAUAUAGGAAUUAUAAUACGGGACAAUAUGUUAACUGGACCUGGUUGUGUCCAUUUGUGGACAUAGUAUAUGUUUAAUCUUUAUUCUACUUUUUUCACUUACUUUUGCACUGGA